AUGCUCCCGAGUUGCUCAGACAGCAGCUGUUCAGGGACGCAGGUUUGCCAGCCAGUGGGUGGAAGCAUUGCUGGGCUGUAUAUGCCAAUCAAGGUAUGCCUGAAAUGA